GUCUAAUUACCUGUCAAUGACGUCACACUAGAUGUAAUUUGAUAUUGGAAGAACAACCAGACACUUCGUGUUGCUACGAUCUUUUUUCCGUUCUACGUUCUAGCAAAUGAAGUGCACUAAAGCAACUGUGCAGGAUGUCGAAGGAAACGAUGAUAAUCUUUGUUUACGACCUAACUAAAAAAGUGGAAAACGAUGACCCAACGGGCUCUAUUAUUUACUUCCAUCCUAUGUGGGUGUCGGAACUGCAGAAAAAAUCGCUCUGUGGUCAAUUGAUGGGAUCCACGUACUUUCUUGGCGAGACACUAUCGAAGGUUCGGUUCAUUUCCCUACAGAACGGCAAAUUUGCUCUACGGUCGCAUGGGCGAUUCAUGCUGGCUGUGGGAUCUGACCGUAACAUAGCAGAAUCCAUUCUUGAGUACCGGGCAAGUCUAUUGUCCUCGUUGAUUGAAUUAUAUCAUGGCGAUUUCAAUACCCUGUACAAUGUUUACGUCGAAAAGGAGCAGAAAACGGGAUUUAAUGAAAAGGUGUUCUGUUUGAUGGAGUCUACCUUGCCAUUGCUGCAAUUCAAUGGGAAUAUUUUGCAGAAUAUGCCCCUUCUCCGGCUACCAAAAUGCGCAAGCAAUGUCUACUUGGAAUCCAAUCAAAUACUUCAGAGCUUCCUGCAAAACAAAGGAGUCUUGGGCGGGUCCAUAUUUUACCACAACAAGGUAUUGGCUUCACAGUUGCCGACGAAUUUGACGAAAAUGUUCGUGUAUUCCGAUCCUUAUCGCAUGAAACUAGCGGAAAUGAUAGCAGUCACAUUCCAUGUGCCAAAUGGCGUUAGCCUCAUCAGUGCGUACAUAACCAAGCGUGACUACGCUCAGCUGGUGGAUGCAACGAAAAACAUUCCAAUCUAUUUUAACAAUUGUGCCACAGCCGCACCAACCGCCGGAACAGUACCGUUUGCCAUUAAGAAGAAGCUAAUGCCCUCGAAAGAGCUCGGCGGAACCGUUGCCGGGUUUCCGAUGCUGAAGUCUGACAAAUCGAUUAUCUUUUCAAACAUUCCCGAAGAAGACACGGUUGGUGCUGAGGGUGGGAUCUGUGAGCAGACGCAAAAGAAAACGUUCAACGCCGUGUCCAGGCCAACAUUUCUGCCAUUGAAAUUUAAAAAUCUAACAUCACGAGACAUAAUCGAUUCUGGUGUAAAUUCCAUCAACUUUGAUGAGUCCGAUAGUUUUCCUAACUUUAUCGGUAAAACCAGCGUCUGUUCAACGCCACUGACUGAGAAUAAGAUCGUGCCAAAUAGGAACAUAAUGUCGAUAUGCGUCACACAGGAUCAACAACAACCACCCUCUGCACCACCGGCAGAAGAAAGCGACCGUAAUAUGGACGCUCUGGAAGAUAACGAUAAUUUACCAACAUCGAUGGAAGCAAAUGCCAGUAUUUUAAAAUGUUUCAACGCUAGAAAGUACAGUAUCCUCAAUAAUCCUUUCAUGAUGCCAAACAAUAUUCGCUGUGCAUCGAUGUCCAGUUUAACCGCAAAAGCAAAUGAUGAAACGGAAGAAAAUUCACCAGCCGAAGGAAGAAACGGUGUGGAAAAAGAAACAAAAAAUAAGUAUCAACAUUUAUUUCCUAAAGACUACGACCCGUUCAAAACUAUCAGUGAUCCACUCUAUCCGAUUGAAGAUCAGCGUAAACGGGCGAUGUCGUACAGUUUGUUCCAAGAUUUCGAACGAACUCGCAACGAACGGAUUGCCGAACUGGUCGAACAGGAAGUAAAACAAGAAAUCAAAGGUAAAGAUAAGUCCAGUAAGGAUAAACUACCUAACAACACAUCCGCAAUGGAUGUUCGAACAUCGGCUACUAACUCUGUAGCAUAUGCAGGGCAUAAAGCUGAUCGAUCAUCAGAACAUCCGGAUACUGGAAAACCUGCUACGACACCUAAAGAUCGUCGUGGUCUCAGCUUGCCUAUCAAAUCAUUUAAUCUGAAUGAUGAUCCACUUCCCGCACGAGUGGCUACCAAUGGUGGAGCAAACGUUGGCCAGGAACUGUUCACGCGCCGUAAAAGCACACUGGAACUAACGCCACUGAUGACCAAACUAACGGUACUGGCAAUGAAUGACACCGAAUCGAGUGGCGUAUCCAGUUGGGAUACCACUCCGGGAUGCAGCUAUAACAUGGCAAUAUCACCACAAGAAUACAUUCCGCAGCGACGGAAAUCGCAAGACAUAUCACAGUCGGUGGCAUCGUCGAACGGUUUGCCUGCCGGUGAUGAGAAGGCUCUAGUCAAGGUGGAUCUGUUCGUUUGCGUACAGCAAAACAUGACGUUGAUACUAGUCAUGCAGGAGAAAAACUGCAAAAAUCAACGUCUUGUGCAAACACUGUUUGAAUCGUGCGUUUCGAAAUUUCUAAGGAUUGAAAACGAUAUUCAGCUGGCAAUGAAUAUUAACGUCGAUGGGUUUGAUAAAGCGGACGGUUACAGUCUGAUUGCGCUCGAUUCGGAUUGGGAUGUGGCUAAAAAAAAUGGACCAUGGAACGCAUUGGAGUUGCAAACUGCGGAAUCUUUACAUACCUACUUCAGAAAGAGCAGCCUAGUGACGGAAGUGACGCUAAAAUCGCAGGAAACUGUGCUAUAUGGGUAUCAGUGUGGAAUGCGGGAGCUGUUUUACACGCAGAUCGCGAAUGCGCAAGGCGGAUUACCUCCGCCGCAAGAUGUGAUGGGUGCAGUUCCGCUGUGCGCCAAACGCCGCAUCGAGCGCGAUCAUUUUGCGUUAUUACUUUAAACGAAACUGUGCAAUCAUAUGUUUAGCUAAUCUUCGCCACAGCGUACUGAGAAUUAGAUAUCCCCUGCGCAUCACAUCACAUGUUUCGCCUACCGUAUUCCGUGUUCUUCUCCGUACGGGGCCAAAUUUUAAUAAUCGUCUAAUCUACUACUCUCAUCAUUAGCCGUCGAAUUCCUAGACAACCUAUUUCAAAGGAUAGCAUUCCAUUUCUGUGUUGUUCGUUUGAGGUAUGUUCGUAAAUAAAUGUCCUGACAUAGGAAUGAAAAGAAGAA